GGUCUGAUUAUGUUGGAAGUAACGUUAGACAAGGAAAAGUUAGCUAUCUAGAUUAGUCUUCAAGCAUAGCUGGAUAUUCUACUUUACUUUCGAACUACAACGUAAAACUGACAUUAGAACAACGUUGUCAAAGGAACAUCAAACGAAAGUCAGGAGAUAUACUUCUUUCCCACGUGGACAGAGACGUGCUAGUCCGCUAGCUAGCUACUGUAUCAGGUCAUCUAACUGAACUAUAUCUGUCUUGACAUUGACUUCAUUGCUGUUGUUGCCACGUGAGCAGGACAAUAUGAGUGGAGAGAGGGAAACGUUGAUGGAUGAAAUGGAACAGAGUUUAUACACUUUAACCAACGACAAUUUACGCUGCCUGUGUGAACGCAGUGGAAUAGGUGGCAAGGAUGGCUCUGAUGUUCAAGGAAAGAAUCACCAUCACUCAUUGUGCCGUAAAAUCCUGGAGGAACUUGGGAAAAAUGCAGAUUCAAUGGAAUCGGAGGAGCAGGGAAUGUCUUGGUUACUCCGACUGAAAGAGGACAUCAGAAAGAUACAGGAGGAUUGUAUCGGUGCACCUUUGAGACCCAGCCAAUCCAUUGAUGAUGAUGCUAUAGACUGUGAUGAAGAAGUGAACCAGAAGGACAUGGAUUGGUUACCUAGCAAAAGGCUGGAGGGGGAACCCAUGAGUCCCAGCCAAUCAUUUGAUGACGACGCUGCAGACUGUGAUGAAGAAUGGGAUGAGGAGGACAGGGAUUUGUUGCGUAGCAAAGGGCUGGAGGUGGAGUCAGCACCAGAGAGACACACACCAGAGCAGAGGGAGGAGAGCGUGAGUGGGUCCCCCUCUCUGUCCUCUCCUGGUAAUGCCUUACUGCUGGGUCUGAAGAGGGUGUCUGUGUGGCUGGUCGACUGCAGGAAAACACCAGGGUUGAGAGGAACUGCUGGAGGAGACGAGGAGGAGAAGGAAGGAGACGUGAUUCAUCGAAGAGAGAGACGUGGAAACCGUAGAUCUUCUGGGGAGCCUCAACAACAACCUCAUCAUGCUGACGACCCAGACUGGAGUCUCGCCACAUCAAAACACCUCAACAAACAACCACAGAGACAUACAGGGAAGAAACCACACCACUGCUAUGACUGCGGAAAGAGUUUCAGUGUUUUAUCAGGCUUGAAAAUCCAUCAAAGCACCCACACCGAAAAUAAACCAUUCCAAUGCUCCAAGUGUGGGAAAGGUUUUGCAAACAACCACUAUCGAAAAAUACAUGAGAAAACAGUACAUGAGCCUCCCACAGAAAGGUCUUACCACUGCUCUGACUGCGGGAAGAGCUACAGUUUUUUAUCAAUGUUCAAAAAUCAUCGAAGGAUACACACAGGAGAGAAACCAUUUCAAUGCUCCAAGUGCAAGAAAAGUUUUGCUCAGAAAUCCACUCUAAAAGCACACGUGCAAACACACAUGCCUGCCGCAGAAAGGCCUUACCAAUGCUCCUACUGCGAGAAGAAGUUUUGUAUUUCGGCGUCCUUUAAUUUCCAUAUGAGAAUGCAUACCGAAGAGAAACCAUUCCAAUGUUCCGUCUGUGGAAUGCGGUUCAUUCAAGCCUACUUACUGAAAUCACACAAGUUUAAACACAAGCCCACCGAAGAAAAGCCCUUCAGCUGCUCAGAAUGUGGGACGGGUUUUGCCACGAAAGGUAGUCUCAAAUUUCACCAGCUGAUGCACAACCCGGGAGAGAGAUCAUAUCGCUGUUCUGAGUGUGGUCAUUGUUUCUCUCAUCCGAUAUAUCUGAAGAAACACCAGAAGAGGCACAGUAAAGACAAGUCCAUUGUAUGUGAGCUGUGCGGGAAGACCUUCAACCAUCCAAGCAACUUCAGAACUCACAUGAAGAUACACCGAGGAGUGAAACCGUACCACUGCACCGAAUGCGGCAGGAGCUUCAUAUUCCGCCAAGGUUUAACAACACACCAGCGUGUGCACACAGGAGAGAUGCCUUACGUCUGCGAUCAAUGUGGGAGGAGGUUUUCUCAGUCCAAUUCUUUGGUGACUCACCAGCGAACACACACUGGGGAGAAACCUUACCCAUGCUUUGUCUGUGGAAAGAGCUUCAGUCGGUCACAAAACCUGACUGCACACAAGAGAACUCAUACUGGAGAGAAGCCUCACGCUUGUGAUCAGUGUGGGAAGAGGUUUUCCCGAACCGACGCAUUGGCUGUACACAAACGCACUCACACUGGAGAGAAGCCUUACAGCUGUGAUAUAUGCAAGGAGAGGUUCACCUAUUUAGUAGCCAUGUUGAAACAUAAGAAAGGACAUGGACAUCCUGCAGGUGAUGUUCUCUGUGCUGAAUGGCCUCAGGACGAUUCCAGCUCUGUCUAUGAAUAGAGAAGAAAACUUUGUUUAACUUGCAGAAGACAUCAAUUUGUCGUUUUACUUACAAUCUAACCCCCAGAGAGAGAGCGAGAGAGACACAAACACUCUCACACAUGCAGAAGAACCCAGAGGGCGGCAGGUAGCCUAGCGGUUAAGAGCGUUCGACCAGUAACUGAAAGAUCGCUCAUUCGAAUCCCAGAGUCGGCAAAGGUUAGAAGAAAAUCUGCUGUUCUGCCCUUGAGCAAGCCAGUUAGCCCCCAACCAAAACUGCUCCCUGGGCACAUAUUAUGUGGAUGUGGAUUAAGGCAGCCCCCCGCACCUCUAUAAUACAGAGGGGUUAAAUGCGGAAGGUUGAAGGCAUUUAGUUGUGCAACUGGCUAGUUAUGCCUAAUUUCCUUUCCACCCAGAGGAAUUGGGAGCACAGAGUGAUUUUUGAGAGUGUUUACUAUGAUUUUUUUUAGAGUAGUUACUAUGGUCUCUGGUUACUGUGGUUUUUGAAAGCAAGGAUUGUGGCUUUAAAUAGUCUGAAAUCAUAGUGUUGUGUUGUAUACAUACACACCUGACAAGUGUAGGAUCAAGUUCCUCUCCCCCAAAUCCCGUCUUUUAGCAUUAGUGGUGAAAAUGCUAAACUGACACAAGAUCAGCAUCUAGGGGCAUCUAGGACCCUACACUUGCCCCUUCCCUGGGGGCUGUUCCAAAUAGCAGAUUCAUUGAGGUACUGUCCUAAAUAUUCUCAACUAUCAUAAUUUUUUUGACAAAUAUAGACUUGAAAUUGGCGUAGUAGUAGUUGUAGUAGUACAUAUACAGGAAGGAGUGGCUUCCAUCUGGCCACUAACAUAAAGGAGUGCUGCAGAGAUGGUUGUCCUUCUGGAAGGUUCUCCCAUCACCACAGAGGAACUCUGGAGCUCUGUCAGCGUGACCAUCGGGUUCUUGAUCACUUCCGAAACCAACGCCAUUCUGCCCCGACCUCAGUUUGUUCAGGUGACCAGCUCUAGGAAGUGUCUUGGUGGUUCCAAACUUCUUCCAUUUAAGAAUGAUGGAGGCCAAUGUGUUCUUGGGGAUCUUCAAUGCUGCAGACAUUUUUUGGUAUCCUUCCCCAGA